CAAGGCGCAACUGACACUUGGAAGUUACAAAACGCCGAAUUAUCAAACAAACAAAAAAAACUCACGUGAGUUUACUGGGGGAAGCGCAAACGCCAGCGGAAAGUAGUGCUCUUUAAAACUCUACAACAUAAAGUUGUGUUUUAUUAGGAGAGGAAUGAGGAGUGAACGUGCACAGGCGGGUGCAGCUGAUCCCAGGGGGAAGAAAAGGGGCCAUGCGGAGCAAACCAUCGCUAAGAAACUACGGGGGAAGAUGAGCAGCGAAGCAUCGAAGGCAGCAGGGUACGAUCACAAAAUAAGUAACUCUUCGGGAACCCAGAAGAGAAGCGUCCGUGGAAGUAUCUUGCACUACAUUUAUAGGAGCACCCUGGGGCAAAGUGUCCAUUCACAAAUAAGACAGUGUGUCCGGGAGCCAUUUGUUCGUUCCCUCUGGUCCUACAAUCUCCACCGCACAUUAAGCCCCUUUGACCGCAGAAUCACCUGUCUGGAGUGGCACCCCUCCCAUCCCACCACACUGGCUGUUGGUUCCAAGGGUGGGGAUAUAAUUCUUUGGGACUUCGAUGCGCUCAACAAAAAAACUUUUAUUCAAGGGAAAGGAGCUGGAGACUUUAUUGGAGGAAUGAAGUUUUGCCCAAUGGAUCUAUCCAAAGUCUAUGUGGCCUCUGGUGAUGGCACAUUGGCCAUACAAAGCUUUGAGGGUUGUGCAUCUGACAUUCUGUCCAGAACUCAAGACUGUGGUCAUGAUCACCAUAAUGUUUGCUACUGGUAUUGCUGUGUAGAUGUGUCUGUAGGCCGACAAAUGCUUGUGACGGGGGACAAUGUUGGACAGAUCUACCUACUGAGUAUGGAAGGCCAGAAGAUAUUCAGUGACAAGUUGCACAAAGCCAAAGUGACCCAUGCAGAGUUCAAUCCUCGAUGUGAUUGGUUGUUGGCAACAGCCUCUGUUGACCACACUGUAAAGCUGUGGGACCUUAGGAGCAUCAAAGACAAGCAGAGCUUCCUCCAUGAAAUGCCCCAUGACAAAGCUGUCAAUUCAGCCUAUUUCAGUCCUUCGGACUGCUCAAAGUUGCUCACCACUGAUCAGUAUGACGAGAUCCGGGUCUACUCCUCUGCUGAUUGGUCCAAACCUCAACAAAUCAUCCAACAUCCACACAGGCAGUUUCAGCAUCUCAGUCCCAUCAAGGCCACAUGGCACCCUUUUUAUGACCUCAUUGUGGCUGGCCGGUAUCCCGAUGAGAGGGUUUUCCCUGGUGACCGAAGGACAAUUGACAUCUUUGAUUCCAAUUCUGGAGACAUUGUGUGUCAGCUGAACGAUCCCAAUGUAGUGUCUGGAAUCAUAUCUGUCAACAAAUUCAGCCCAAUGGGUGACGUGUUGGGAUCUGGAAUGGGGUUUAACAUACUGGUGUGGAAGCAGGAAGACUCGAUGAUCAGUGAGCAAUGCAAGCUGUUGGAGGAAAUGGGAUCCAGAGUGGGAAGCUCAAGAGGCCAGCGAGCAAGUCAGCAUCGCUCUACCAGAGAAAGACGAGGACAAGCUGGGGAUGCAAAGCUAAAGAAAAAGUUAAAUUCUCUGGGGUUAUCAGAGACCAAAACCAAGUCCAGAUGUGCUGAAAACAGCAAAGCAAAAAAGAAAAAGUGA